UGCUAUGGACGCGGUCAGCUGUGGCGGGAAUUAACACGGUUUUAUAUUGAAGGCUGGAAAAAUUAUUUUAGAAAUUAUGAAGUUAACCUAACUGCUGAAACUUAAUGAAAAGAGGUUUUAAGAAUCUACUCCGCAAAAAUAUUUUGAUUCGUGUUCGUGCUUGUGGUGUUUUCGUUAGUCUUAACAAAAAAAGUGCCACGUAUUCGGAGAGCGUUUUAUGGGUUUUCUGAGCGCACCUGGCCCUAAUAUUCGAGUAGCGUUAGACAGUGGUGGAAUUGGUCACGUGGUAAGAGAGCACAGUUGCCUUGGUACAGUUUCAGUUACAACGACAAACAUGUGGACUGCAUGACAACAGAACCUCAAUUUGUGAUGGCUCCGGUUAUAAACUCUACUACCAACCCUCCAGUUUCUCCGAACCCCAUAAAAGGGAUGGAGAAUCGCCUUCGGUAUAUGAUGACCCCUCGUAAUUCCAUGUCCAUCACUUAUACUAAGGGACUUCUCAACAUGCCUGGUCAGAACAACUGCUUCCUUAACAGUGCCGUACAGGUUCUUUGGCAUUUGGAUAUAUUCCGGAGAAGUUUCCGAGAGAUCAAAGGACAUGCGUGUAUGGGAGAAUCGUGUAUAUUUUGUGCAUUAAAGGAACUCUUUGCUCAAUUCCAAUAUAGCCAAGAGUCUGCUUUACCACCAGAUGCUUUGAGACGUGCUUUAGCAGAAACAUUUUUUGACCAACGUCGUUUUCAACUGGGUUUCAUGGAUGAUGCAGCAGAAUGCUUUGAGAAUAUUCUUAUGAGGAUCCACUUUCACAUAGCCAACCAAGAACCAGAAGACAUGUGUACUCUAACUCACUGUAUUGCUCAUCAGAAAUUUGCUAUGACUUUAGUAGAACAGAAUGUGUGUCACGUGUGUGGAGCAACUUCUGAACCAUUGUCUUUCACUCAGAUGGUCCAUUAUGUUUCAUCAUCGGCUCUGUGUUCUCAAGCAAGCCUGAUGAUAUCACAGAAAAUAGAUCCCACCCAGGCCUUUGGUCAGUUAUUACGGCAAGCAGGAAGUAUGGGAGAAGUACGGAACUGUCCUAGUGCUUGUGGUGCCAAAAUACAGAUAUGUAGAGCUUUAAUGAAUCAUCCAGAAAUAGUGAGUAUUGGAGUAGUAUGGGAUUCGGAAAAUCCAACUUUGGAUCACAUCAUGGAUGUUAUCAAAGCCAUAGGCUUGAAAAUAAGUUUGCAAGAUACAUUCCACUCAGUUGUUGAUGGAAGUUGGGCAAGGGGUGCUACCCACCAGUUGGUAGGGAUUGUUACGUACUAUGGUAAACAUUAUUCCACGUUUUUUUUCCACACCAAGCUACGAAUUUGGAUAUAUUUUGAUGAUGCUGCAGUUUGUGAGAUUGGCCCGAAAUGGGAUCAAGUAGUGGACAAAUGUUACAGAGGACAUUUUCAGCCACUUCUGCUUUUGUAUGUUGAUCCACAGGGGAGUCCCGUCUCAUCAGAAACUGCUCCAAAAAGUGUUACCGUAGUUGCAGGGCACAGUAAACCACAGAAAGAUAUUUUUUCCAAAGAAGACGUAUAUUCUUCUAGUGGAAACCACAGACGAGCUUUCACUCCAAACCCUGAAACUUCUCAGGAAAAUAUUACUAGUGUACAGCCAAGAAGAGCUAUAACUCCCAGUGGGGAGUUAUCUUGUCGUUCUGUGAAAAAUCAUUUUCAUUCUCAAUUCAGGCAAAGUUCUUUAGCAAACGUUGUCUCAAACAAAAAUGGUAGGCACUUAUCUUUUAAACAGUCUCACCCCUCACAAACAAAUCUAUCAUGUGAAUGGAAACCUCACUAUUUCCAGAAUUACUUGAAACAUUCAUCAGCUUCAGUUUUGUCAGAGCAACAGGAUGAGCACAACAGUAGUGGAAUGACUUAUUCAGAUAAGUUAUCUGUAGAAACUUCCAGAUGUAAAAGUAGUGUUUCAGUCUGUCAAAACAAGUGUAACAGUGAUGAAAUUUCAAGAAAUUCACAAGGAACGAAAAUGAAUGAGGGUACAUUUUAUGGUAUGCCACUAAGGCCUAGUUGUGGAGAAGAUGUAUUGCAGCAAAGAAAACCUUUAUGUGUCGGACAGUUUGGUUCUAGAGUUGGAACGGGUACCAACAGCGAGAACGGAAAGACUUAUAUCAGCCGAGAAGCUGUUGAAAGCAUUUUAAAGGCUCAGAAACUUCAGUGGCAAAAAACACUCACUGGAGGUGUUGGUUUAUCUGCAGCAGUUGGAACAAGUAACUACAGCAAUACUACUGUUGAGAAAAAUGAAAAAUCUCAAGAAAAACCUUUAAAAAUAGACAUCCCAGAUUUUCCAAAUUCAUUUGGAAGACGUGAUUCUGGAAACUGGAGUGGGGACUGCAACAGUGCUAGUUCAAUGAGCAGCUCAUCUGUGGACAAUAUCUUUUCUGGUGUGGUGGCUGGUAGCAGAUCAAAUAUCAAUUUGCAUCAGUAUGGAAACCUGACAAGGGUUAACUUUGACAAUAACGUCCAGGGUACGACAGGUGACCUAGGAUAUGAUUCCUUUUCACUCUCAAGUACUGAAAGCUACCAAUCUGCAAGAACAAACUCACCCUCUAAAACCGACCAUUCCUUGAUUCAAAUUACUGAAGGCAUGCAAACAGUUUUUCAGAAAAGUAGUAAAGUAGAAACAUUACAGAAGGAGAGUCAUGCCAAAAAUGCUAGAGAUGACUGUGAUAAAUUAUGUGUCCAGGCCGAUGCUCUUUUAAUCAAAUCACAAGAGAAAGAAAAAGAAGGACAACUUAAAGUUGCUACAUUGUUGAGUGACGUAGCAGCGGCCAAGGCCAGAGAAGCUAUGGAUGCCCCUUACAGUAAUCCUAAGUCUUUGACAACUGCAAAGAUGAAACACCGAAGAUGUAUAAUGAGAUCAUCAGCUCUCCACAGUAGAUUAAAAGAAAUUGAAAAUGAAGAAUUGAAAUUGAAAAAUGAAGCAAAUUCUUGUAACACAAAUAAAUGUCUUAAUCCUAUUGGCACUAUCAGUACUGAUGAUUCUAGUGUAUUACCUGACCAGCAAAUUAAUACUUCUACUUUAGUAACUGAAUGCUCUACUAGUGGUAAUAUAAAUGAAAGGGACGAAAAAAUGCUUCAAAUUUAUGCUACAUUACCUAAAAGAGGAAGAAGAUACAAAAAUAACCAUGAGGGGUUGGAAGAUGCCAUGAAGAUCAAAAGUGAACAAUCAAACAAGGAUACACCAGAAGAAAAGGAAACGUUUUUUCAUCAACAGUCUUUAAAAUCCAGAAGAGAGUUUGCAACAAGGACCAAAAGUUUCAAUGAGAAAAUGAAUCUUGAUGAUAAAGAAAGAUUAUCCUUAAGAAGAACAGAUGGAUCCAAAAUGUCUGAUGUUUCGAGCUCUUUCAAAGAGAAAAAUCUAACUGAAGUGGAAAGAAAUGAUAAUCCUAAAAGUAACCUUCACAGAACAUAUUCUGUGCCAUCUGCAAGCCUGAAUAAAGACUCGGAGAAAAGCACCAAUACACUAAAUCAGACAUUUUCUGGGCAGCCAAGUAAGAAACAACAUCGAGUUCGGAGAAAGCUUCUUGGUGGUUUCAUGAGAAGGAAAAACCGCAGCCUCCCUGACCUGAGAGAGAGCAAAGACCAGGAUGAGGUUAUAUCGAAUUCUUAUGAUGAUUCAACCAUCUUUGGCACACUGCGAUUUACAAAGUUACAUCAAGUUAAACCUUCAACAUAUGAUGACUUCUCUACAGGCAUGCAAGAACAGAAAAACAAAAAUACUAACCAUCAAGAUAACCAGAUGAACAAAAGACCCGUGAAGAAUUAUACUUCACUAAGGAAAGAAUCUCACAUAAUUGAACCUGAUCCUUCGGAGAAUAAUUUCAAGAAAGAGUCCAUGGUAAGAAGUCGUAUAGUAUCACCAGCCUGGUUAUCUCAAAAUUUCAGUAAUAAAGCAAAUGUUAAACUUUCUCCAUGGAAAUAUUCUAACCCAUCAAAUAAACUAAAUAUUCAACCUUCUGAACACCCAUCUAAAGCUUAUAUUGAUCAGGAAAAUAUUGGGCAAGAACCUAUGUCGUCAGAACAAAACCCAAAGCGAAAGAUUCUUGAAAACAAUGAGGAUAAGAAAGAAGAAUAUAUAACAUCCCUUAGUAAUGGAAUAAAAGAAUAUUUGAAUAAAACACAAGAAGUAGAGACAAGUGAUCUACAAGACUUGCCCAAAAGUCAUUAUAUGAAAGAAGCUCAGUGGAUGCAGGAACUACAGCAGAAACAACUUCAUAUGCUACAAAAGAAGAAGCUUCAGGAUUCUUGUAGUUCUAACCCAGGGGAAUCACAGAAUACAAGAAACAAGUCUCCACGCACUAUUCUAUCAGAAACUCCAAAAUCCAUCAAGUGUGUCCAUCAGAAUCCUGAAUGGAGUACAAAUGUUCACCCAUUACUACAGAGAUCCAGGACAGGAUUUACUACCACUACUGAGAGAGUAAAAGAAAAAGAGCCUCAUUUGAAUAACCCUCAAUCUGUAAAAAUCUUAGCCUCAAGAAUUGAAUCAUUUCUCAAGCCUGCAUCUGAACAUGUAUCUAAAGAUGAGAAUAAAGGCAAUUAUAAACAAGCACUAUCUCAUAGGUCUACCCUUCAGAUGUCAAGACAAAAAGAACUACAGAACUUGGAGGCUUGUUCGGCAGUUACUGAUCUUAAAGUAGUCGAUCAACCACCCGAUUAUGAAACUACUCUUCAGCGCCUUGGAUUACUACGAAACAAGUGGCAGUCUUCUGAUGAAACACUUUCUCCAAUGUGUGUAAGUUAUGAAACAGAAAGUGGGAGUAAAGUUCCUGAAGUGAAGAAAAUUUCCAGUUCUCACUUAUCUGACUUUCUUCCUAGUUACCACAAACAGAACUCAAGUUUACUUGGACAUACAAGACAGGAGGCUGGAACACAGCCUAUAACUUCUGUGGGAACUCCUCACCAAGCCAGACAGACUGGGAAAUGCAAACGUUUGUGUAAUCCUAUUUCAGAAGGAGUCCCAAAUUCAUACAGUGUGCCUUCUUUAGUUGAUAUAUCAAAAAAGAAACCCAAUACUAAGAAGUGUGUGACAUUUUCUGAUUGCGUUGUUUUGGUGGAGUGUGAUGAAGACCGAGGAAAAGGGAUAUCUUCAAAUACCCAAUUCCAGGAAACGGUGGAAAAAAGUUCCGCACAACGACAAGUUUCAGGUGGUGGAUUUAGUGAUAAAGCAACUCUUAGGAUGACUCCACAACAACUAAAACUUAGUUCAAGCAACCAAUCAUGUUGCAACCUUUGUCACAAAACUAUAAUAGUUCCACCAACCAUUUAUUGUGCUAAUUGUGCUUGCUACUUAGCUCGAUUUAAGUAAAAUAUAUAGAGCACAGAUCUCCAAGACAUUAUUAAGUAAGCUUUCUUUUAAAUACGAGAAAUUGCUUAAACAAACAGAACCACAGAAUGAAUGUUAGUCUAUUUUCUUCUACUUGGUAAUAAAAGUAUUCAUAAGUGUGGAGGUUCCUUGUCUGUGAUAGCUUCUCAAAGAUGUGGCUAUUCAUGAAUUGAAAUUUUGUCUACAGUAUAUGCAUAUAUGAUUUACAAAUCAAUAAAUAACUACAAAAAAGUAUUUGACAACAUCACUGAAUCCUUUUUGAAAAGCUCUUUAUCUGUAUAAAAUUUUGUACCAUAAACUUAUUGUGUACAUACUAAAUUGUUACAUCUGUAUAAUAUAUAUAUAUAUAUUUGAAGAUCUAUAUAUUUUUAUAAAUGCAUGUAUCUAUAUCAUUUUUGUGGUUCUAAACAUUCUUUAUAUACUGCAAGCAUAUUUUAAGGUAUUGGUGCAUAUAACUUUACUGUGAUUUUAUCUGAAAUUGCAACGAGUGGUUAACUAGCAAAUUAUAUUUGUAUUGAAAUUGAUCUCAAUUCAUUCUACAUGAACGCUUUUUGAUCUUUGAAUAUUUUUUGUAUGCCAUUUUUCAUUCUAAAAAGUGCCAUAGAGAAAAAACUGUAUUAUGAACAAAAAAAACUUGAAAGUGCAAAAGAAAAAUGUCAGUGAUUGUUUUUUGUAUUUGUACAAAUGUAAAUUUUAAGGUUCAUUUUUUUCAACCCUUGGUUUAAUAAAAAACACCCAAUAAAAUUUAUUAGAUAAAGAAAAAAAAUGAAGCUUUUUUUUUUUUACAUUUCUUAACUAUUGCAACAUGAACUGACAGAAGAGGAGUACAUGUUGAUAAAAAAAUUACAGAAUAUUCAACUAAUUUGAAGUGAAAGAAGAUUUCCAAAUUACCGUUUCACAAAUUCAGAACUCUGCAUUAAAUAUUACUCAUUACAAUGUUUAUGGCUAGAAACAGUAUGAAGCUUGUUAUAGUGAAAACUGCACGAACUAGGAACACGGGUAAUAGUUGAUUGAAUAGCGUUAACUUUAAAAAUUACAGCUAUCUACCUUAGAAAGUAAUACUUAGAUCAAUUGUUUGGUACUGUGAUAAAAGUUAAAAUAUUUUUUCUAUUUUUGAGAGAAAUUUGGUGAACAAAACCACACGAAAAAACUAUUUUUUUUUAUAAUGCCUUAAUGAAUGUCAUGACUGAAAGACUCAAAGUCACACAAAUAUAUAUGUAUAUUUUUAUAUAACUUACAAAUACCUGUUCAUGGAUAUUUUUAACCACUGCUUUUCAAACUUUCAAUAAUUAUCAUGGAUAAAAAUAUAUGUGCACAGUGCUGAAUCUCCCCCAAACUUGUUUCUUUCGUACAUGUUUAGUCUCAAAGAAUUACAAACACACACACACACACAUAU